AUGGACUACACAGUUGCGAGACGGGAGGUUCUUGCUGUGACGGCGGAGCUCACUGUGCGCCCGCAGGCGGCCUCUGCUGCGGUUCAACGGCAUGUGACGAAGGCUACCAAUGCUGCAGCGGUGGCUCAGGCUGCUGCGAAGACGCCCAAACUUGCUGCCAAUCCGGCUGUGCUGACGCCGGCAAAUCCUGCUGCGGCACUCAAUACCAAUGCGACAACACGGACGAGCAAUGCUGUUCCGGCAAUGGCUGUGCGCCCAAGGACGCAACUUGUUGCGGACCUGAGCACGACAUGUCUUGAUACACUUUAUCUUGACCUGAACGAUUACCCCGGCGAAGAUGAGAUUUUCGAGAAUAUGUGUAGAGGAAAUAUGCAAUGGCCUGGAUUCAAUGCAGAUCGACCAAACGAGAUUUUUCUAACGUAUAACGGGAAAAAUCAGAAUGCGGCUGCAGCUGCAAAUCGUCGAGCGGCGGGUUGUGCUGGAAGUCCGUGUGCGAAAAUCUUUGGAGAGACGUUACCGAAUGGAGUUCGGAUACGAUGGUCUUGCGAGGAGUGGCCUCCCGCUGCAUCUGCAGAGGGCGGUGCUCUUGCGUCUAUUCUUUGUGUACCGCAGAGUAUCAAUAGUGCCAUUGGAAGUCGGUGGCGGUGGGCAGUAGAUGGAAAGUCGGCUGGUGAUCAGAUCCGUGUCAGAGUCAAGGGCAUCGAUUGCUCAAAGUAUACGAAUGAUAAAAGAAGGUCUAUCGAGGAAGACAAGAAGAUGCUCCUGGGUAGGGCGGCAACCGGAGCGGUGCUGAAGAAUGAUAGUGAAGUCGUUUUUGUCAAUUCAUCGGUUUACGGAAACAAGAUGGAUGGUAGCGUCGCCAUGAUUAUUCCGUUUGAUGUUCCGUACGAUUUUCAGGGGACAAUCCCCAUUUCCGAGUCCGGUCAAACCGCGAAUGGAAAUAUCGAAGUUGGCCCCAAUGGCGUCGGCGAUGUCAUGAUGUUUGCCUGGGCUGAUACUACAGCGGUGUCAGUCAGCUACUCAACGAGUUUUUCAACGACUUCGACAACAGCUAUAAUCAACCCAACAUCAUCCACUACUUCGACACAUUCUAGCUUGACCGCAGCAUCUACUACAUCAACCACUGUUCCUACGACGACCUCGGUCGGGAACGGUGCGAGGCUAACCGAUGACCUUGGUAUGAUACCCUGGGUCGGAGUCGGAAUUGCUGCGGUGUUGGUUGCGUAG